CUAACCAAAAAAGACAACGCGCUUUGUUGCUCAAUUGCUUGUUCUAUUCGACAAUUCUACGUUUCUACAACACCAUUUUUCUUCUUCGUGUGAGGGUCGAGUUUCUGAGAGAAAUUGAUGAGAUCACUGGGUUAAUAUUUUCGACUCGGAAUCGGACGAAGAUGGGGUGUUGUAGCAGCAAGAACGCCGAUUCCAAAGCCACUCGGAUUGCUCGCUGGCGAUCAACAGGUAUUGUAGCUCUGCGUGACUCCAAAUUGAAGACAUUUCCUGAUGAAGUUCUUGACCUGGACAGAUCUGUACGAACUCUUGAUUUAACACACAAUAAAUUAGUUGACGUUCCUAUGGAGAUCAACAAACUAAUUAACAUGCAGCGACUGGUAUUAUCAGAUAACCUUAUUGAGCGCCUUCCAAUAGACCUUGGGAAACUUCAGUCUUUAAAAGUUAUGAUGCUGGACACGAAUCGAAUCACUACCUUGCCUGAUGAAUUGGGCCAGUUGGUAAGACUUGAGCGGUUGUCCAUCUCUGGAAAUUUAUUAACGGGUCUGCCUGAGACUAUAGGGAGCUUGCGCAAUUUGGUGCUCUUAAAUGCCUCAAACAACAAGCUAAAGUUUCUUCCAGAAUCAAUUGGAAGUUGCUUCUCUCUGGAAGAACUACAAGCAAAUGAAAAUUCUAUUGAGGAACUUCCCUCUUCAGUUUGCAAUCUUGUUCACCUAAAGUCACUCUGCUUAGACAAUAAUAAUGUGAAACAGAUACCUCCAAAUUUGUUGAAAGACUGCAAAGCUCUGCAGAACAUUUCCUUGCAUGGCAAUCCCAUUUCUAUGGAUCAAUUUCAGCAGCUGGAAGGAUUCCAGGAUUUUGAAGCACGGAGGAAAAAGAAGUUUGACAAGCAAAUUGAUUCAAAUGUGAUGAUCAGUUCCAAAGGCCUUGAUGAGGGUGUUGAUCUGUGAUAUUCUGCAUUGGAAGUCCUUGAGGAAGCGGCAGGAGUAUGGUGAUUGAGGCCCCAUGAAUGCAAGGGUGUCGUUUCUGCCUGCCAUGAAUUCUUUCAAGCCCUCACGGUGUGGGAUGGAGUUAUUUUUGGCUUACAAAUAAUAUUGUAUCCAAGCUUAUUAGUCCGAUCAUAUGUAAAUGAUGACUAUAUAUUAUGGCUGUUGCAAUGCAGGAUUAUAAUAUGAAAUGACUACUAUACCCCUGUUACUUGCAGGAUUAUAUAUGAAACCACUGCUUGAAAACCUAUUUAUAGGUGUCUACUCUUGGAAUCCUGUCGUUUGUGAGAAAUUGUAACUUCUUACUCAGGCUAAUUGUCUACAGUAAUAAAAUCAAUUUAGUGUAUAA